CACAGGCAGAGCAACGAAAAGGUCCAACAGAUACCAGCAAACUUACGCAAGACCAGAACCAGCUCAAACCUUCCCAGCCCCAUCUGCAACCUGCAGACACCUCCCGUGGCCAGAGCUGUGGGGUUUGUCUCACUCCUGCCUUUAUUUUUUUGCAGGGGGAUGGGUUUGCUCCUGAAGAUUUUCAUCCCCUUGCUGGGAGCAGCACUGGCCUUUUAUUUUUAUUCAGCGCCUCCGGGUUUCAAUGAAGAGAUGCUCCGGGGGAAGAGGGUGAUCGUGACGGGAGCCAGCAGCGGCAUCGGGGAGCAGAUGGCCUAUCACCUGGCACGCAUGGAGACACACCUCCUGCUCACGGCGCGGACUGAGGCCAAGCUGCAGAAAGUGGUGGAGCGAUGCCUGGAGCUGGGAGCUGCCUCCGCCCGCUACAUCAGCGGCUCCAUGGAGGACCCCUCGUUCCCCGAGGUGGUGGUGAGGGAGGCUGAGAACACCUGGGGCGGCCUGGACAUGCUGAUCCUGAACCACAUCGGUCAGUCCGGCUUCAACUACUUCGAUGGGAACGUCGGGCAAGUACGAAGGCUCAUGGAGACCAACUUCCUGAGCUACGUGGCCAUGACCACCUCAGCCCUGUCCAUGCUGAAGGAGAGCGAGGGCAGCAUCGUGGUGGUCUCAUCCGUGGCAGGUAAAAUUGGCUCCCCAUUUGCUGCUUCCUAUUCCGCAACCAAGUUCGCCUUGGAGGGCUUUUUCAGCUCCUUGCGACACGAAUUCAUCAUGGACAAGGUCAACGUUUCCAUCACGCUCUGCAUCCUGGGCUACAUCAACACAGAGAGCGCUGUGCGAGCAGUCUCGCACGUUAUCCGGGACAAACCGGCACCAAAGGAGGAGUGUGCCCUGGAGAUCGUCAAGGCUGGAGCCCUGAGGCAGCGGGAGCUGCACUACCCACCCUGGGUGGUGAGCACCGCCCUCCUCCUGCGAGACAUCGCCCCCGAAUUCCUCGACUCCACCAUCAGGAACAACUACCACGUGGAAAACCUCAAAAGAACAUAGUCACCAGGGGACAGCAAGGGUGCCAGGGCACCUUGGGCCGGGCAGCAGGGGUUUGGGGGUGUUAAUCCAGCUGCUUGGCUGCCCUUUUCCACACCUCCUGGGCAGCCCGUGCUGACUCACCCCGGCAACUCAAGACAGGACGCUCCAGAAGUCUGUAAGGCAGCAGGAAAAUGCCCUUUUUUAGUAAUGAACUCUUGCAAUGGGCUUUUUCCAACCAAGAGGCACUUCAGGGAAGUCCUGCAGCAGGAUCUGCUGCCAGUGUCCUGCUCAACCUCCAGAAACUGUUCCUCCAUGGAAAGCCACCAAGGCAGAGGCAGCAAGUGCCACAGGACGUGAGCCAGAAUGGUGAUUUGGGCCAAGCAGCACAAACCACCCAAAGCCACAAGAACCAGGAAAUUUGUUUGUAUCCCUUCUAGGUUGGUCUUUGUAAAAAUAAAUCCUACAUUACUAUGAGA